GAUCCACUUCACCAACGCCGCACUGGGAGUGGCUGGGGACACGCAAGGGCCUGCUUGGAGCCACGACGGUGUCUGCCCAUCUACCCGGCCAUCAAGGAGCUGACGUUGCUUAGAUGACAGGCUAAGCCCGGCACUCGUGCUCUUGAGAAUGGCAUGGCGUACACGGGACUUUUUUUUGAUCGCUUGCAUCACCACGCAGAGAGGGACAGUCGGUGUAUGGCUGAGGGAAGUGGUGGGCAUUCGUCUGGCUCGGCACCGGGAGAAUUACCAUUGUCCGCCAGUCCCUUGUCCAAUUUGCCUGCCUGUAUUGUAUUCCUAUCAUUAGCUGCGUCUCUUCCAUCUACCUUCUCCUCGUCGCGAUCUACUAGUUGCUCUAAUAACCCUUUUGCCAUUAAACGGGAAGCAGUGCCUGCCUCGGUCUCAGGGUCUCCUCCUCGGCAAAAAAGCUGGAGUAGAGUUGCUCCCGAGGUUUCUCGCGCGUCUCUCUUGGGGUGCGUCGCAAGGGCCUCCUCCUCGACCCCUCCCUUCCAUCCUACUGCCCUCUUUUGCACUUCGCUUCUCAAGACUAAUUCGCCCUUGUUCACCUAUAAUCGUUCAUCGAUCUACUCUUACGAAUAAUCGGCUGGUCUAUUCUCGCAGCUCGGAAUACACCAUUAGCCACGACCUUGCAUGCUUCAUCUUCAAGAAGCACACCUCUAAUUCAUUCUGCGUCCGUACAAAAGGACACUGUCGCUCGCCCUACAUUUGCUUCCGGUGGAGGUACGAAGCGAUCUUCGUCCAUCACGGAGUCUUCGCCGCCGCAAAAAGUAUACCUCUUGCUCUCUGUUAGGUAAGAGGCUCAAGAAUCUCGCUUCACAGCAUCUGGCAUUACACC